GAGAGUUGAGACUUAGCGAGGACCGAAGGGUGCGAAACUCGGCCUGCUCUUCCCGUCUGUGUCUUUCCUUCACGCGCGCCGGAUAAAAAAAUCACCAUAUAUUCUUCUUUACAAGCCCAAGAGGAAGAGAGGAAUACACGUAAUGAGUAGCUCUGUUAUCUCCCACCUCUCGCUCCUAUCUAUCGCUUCCCCUCGUUUCGUAGCUCCAAUGUCAAGCGGUCGAAUUCCGAAUUUAUACUGGAAAAGAUGGGGGCGAAUGAAUAAACGUUAUGCUUCCACUUUACGAUGCUAUUGUAGUAGUGUUUCGGUCUCUGAACCCAAAUCUUCUGAGACUUCUUCCAUAACUGUUAAGAAAAGGAUUGUAUCUGGAGUCCAGCCUACAGGAUCUAUACAUCUAGGAAACUAUCUUGGUGCCAUUAAAAAUUGGAUUUCUCUUCAGAAUUCUUAUGAGGCACUGUUCUUUAUUGUUGACCUACAUGCGAUUACUUUACCGUAUGAUGCACAACUGCUUUCCAAAGCAACAAAGAAUACAGCUGCCAUUUAUUUGGCAUGUGGUAUAGACACCUCCAAGGCAUCCAUUUUUGUGCAGUCUCAUGUUCGGGCUCACGUAGAACUGAUGUGGUUACUGAGUUCAGCUACACCCAUUGGCUGGCUGAAUAGAAUGAUUCAAUUUAAAGAGAAAUCUCGCAAGGCGGGUGACGAAAAUGUUGGGGUUGCACUUCUUACUUAUCCUGUUCUGAUGGCUUCUGAUAUUCUUUUAUAUCAGUCUGACUUUGUCCCAGUUGGUGAGGAUCAGAAGCAACAUAUGGAGUUAACCCGUGAACUGGCUGAGCGAAUCAAUAAUUUAUAUGGAGGGAGGAAGUGGAAGAAAAUGGGAGGAUUUGAUUGCCUAUGUUAUUCUGGUGACAGACGCGGUGGUGCUAUUUUUAAGGUGCCUGAACCUCUCAUACCACAAGCUGGAGCUCGUGUAAUGUCUCUCACUGAUGGUCUUUCUAAGAUGUCCAAGUCUGCGCCGUCAGAUCAGUCCCGUAUCAAUCUCUUGGACCCAAAAGAUGUAAUUGCAAACAAGAUCAAACGUUGCAAAACUGAUUCAUUUUCAGGGUUGGAAUUUGACAAUCCUGACAGACCUGAAUGCAAUAAUCUUCUUUCAAUUUUUCAACUCAUUACUGGAAGGACAAAGGAGGAAGUUGCACGAGAAUGUCAAGAUAUGAAUUGGGGCACAUUCAAAACCCUCCUUGCAGAUGCUUUGAUUGAUCAUCUACACCCCAUCCAGGUUCGCUAUGAGGAAAUCAUAUCUGAUCCAGCUUAUUUGGAUGGGGUUUUGCUAGAAGGAGCUACAAAAGCUACCUGUAUAGCAGAUGCUACUCUCAAUAGUGUGUACCAAGCGAUGGGGUUUGUGCAAAGAUGAACUAAGUUAGUGCUGCAUAAAGAAUUCUUGUGAAAGGUUUUAUUUUACUCAUUUGCUUGGCAAACAAACAAAAUGAAAGAACACGGCUGCUGCCAUGUAAGAACAAGACUAGUUCUAAGCACUUGAAAAAAUAGAAGGAAUGGCUGAAUGGAGCCCAUGCCAAAUGGACCUAUAUUCCAUUACCAUUUACCAAGUUCCAACUAAAAAAAAUAGAAGCGAGAUGCUGGAAACAUCAAGCAACAUUCAAGAAAUUCUUCUGAAAUAGGUCCAUUUGGAGAGGAGAAUGUCUGUAUUACUCCAAGUUUUCUUUCUCAAUAAGUCAAUAUCUAUAUCCAUUUGGAGAGAAUGACUGUGGAUUGGCAUUUCCUUUGUCAGAAACCACUGAGAUGCUGUAGACAUCUUGACCCUACAAAAGAGGUAAUCAUAGAAAAGCUUCAAGAGGUAAUCAUAGCUGCUUUAAUGAUAUAUAUUCAUUCCUAAAGCUUCAUCAAAGUUCCCAGAGCAAUAAAGAGUUAUUAUAUGGAGAUUAAGUUAAAACUAACCUGAUAGAACUGUGCACCAGACUCCACCUCACUCAAACAACUUUCUACUUCAAUCCACAACCCCACUUUCCUAAAACAAUAAAAAAAAAACUGAGUUAGUAUAUGGAGAUUAAGUUAAAACUAUAUUAGAAUCAUCACUAUUUAAAUACUUUAUCAUCUAUAUCUAAAUCAUCACUAUUGAUGGUGUUAUAAGUAAAAGGAUCCUCACCAACAAGAGCAUCUACAUAAAAGAAGAAAGUUAAUUAUUAAGGUGAAACGAUGAACAUUCAUUUUUUUCAAGAUAUAAAGAUUCGAUUUAAAUAACAUUACCUUGAAUUUCAUACGCCAACCAAUUUUGAGAACACAUCAAUGCCUCUGAUGUCUGGGCAUGAAGUCUACUACGAUGUGGACUUACUAUCCUUCCCCCAGUGCUAAAAGCAGACUCUGAAGCAACUGUGGAAAUAUGAAUAGCUAGCACAUCCCUGGUAAUUGUUUGUAAGGUAGGAUACUUGAGUCCAUUUGACUUCCACCAAGCUAAAAUAUCAAAGUUCUGAGUUCUAGGCAAUGCAUUUUCUUCCAAAUAAUGGUCCAACUCUGACUUCAAAUAUGUAAAUCGGAUUAACUAAAGUUUCACUACCAUGUCCAACUUCUUUAUACUUGGAUUUGGAUUGAUACUCAUGAAGCAAGUCAUUACACAAUUGACAAAUCCUCUCAAUCUCCUCCAAUGCACCAUCUGCAUAUAUCAUAAGAAAAUAAUACUCCAUCAACUUCAUCUUAUAUCUUGGAUCCAACAUUGCUGCCACACCCAAAAUGCCAUUAAUCACACACCAAUACUUGUUAAAUUUCUCCAACAUUUUCAAUGUCAUAUUCCUUACAACUUCACAUGAAUAUGCUAUUCUGAUAUCACAAACUUUGGGAAUAUAUAAAUUUGUUGUGGGAUACUUAGUUCCUGAGAAUAACUCGUCACAUUAUAAAUUAUAAAAUAAUUUUAACCUCCCACAAAUUUCCUUUGCCAACUCCCACUCUUCCUCACUUAGCAAACAUUUAUAUUGUGAUUCGCGUUGCCUUAAGCGAGAGAAAAAUCCUUAUAAAUCAAAGCAGUAUGAAGCAUCUCAUAUGUUGAAUUCCAUCUGAUUUUACAAUUAAGAGACAAUUUCUUACUACUUUGAAUUUGCAACUGUCGGGAUGUUUCCUCAAAUUUUUGUUCUCUUUUGGGAGUUGCUUUCCAAUACACAAUACUGUCAUGAAUUUUUUCAGUGGCAUCUCCAAUCACAACUAAUUCAUCUUGUACAAUCAAGUUAAGUAUAUGUGCACAACAAUGCAUAUGCAAGAAUAUUCCAUCCAACAUAAGUGAAUUCAUAGAAAGCUUAUCCAUAAUAUCAUUGAAAAUGACAUCAUUUGUAGUGCAAUUAUCAACAGUAAUUGUAGAUAACUUUCUAUCAAUAUUCCAAUCUAAAAAACAUUCCACUAACAUAUUUGCAAGAACCUCUUUUGUGUGUUGACAAGGCACAUAAACAAACCUAUAACAAUAGAUAAAAUGGAAAAAAAGCUAGGCAAUAAAAGUAAAUACAAAAAAUGACAACUUACUUGAGAAUAGAUGUUAUUCAAAACUAAUAAAAUUAGUAUAAUAUUUCAGAAUAAAGUAAAAGAAAUCAGAGAAGAAGAAGGAGACAGCAAGAAGAAGGAGUUCGAAUGUCUCCUCUUUCCCCUACUCUUAUCUUUUAUAAAAC